GAUGAUAAAUUAAAAAACAUCAAGUCGUGGGAUUCCCUAUCCGGAGAAGCAGCAGCUGAAAGGCAAUGGAAGGCCAGAGCAGCAUGAACGGCAACGACAAUCCUGCCCAAGCGCCAGACCUUGAUCUCCCUGACAACCCCAAUCACCAGUGGGCCCAGUUCGGCGCCGGAUGCUUCUGGAGCGUUGAACUGGCCUUCCAACGCAUCGUCGGUGUGACGAAGACGGAAGUGGGCUACUCUCAGGGCCACGCCCACGAACCCACAUAUCGGAUGGUCUGCACUGGCAACACCAACCACGUGGAGGUUGUCAGGCUCCAGUUCGAUCCUGUCGUUUGCCCUUACACCACCCUCCUCGACGUCUUCUGGUCUCGCCAUGAUCCCACCACCCUCAAUCGCCAGGCCGGUGAUGUUGGUACACAAUACCGGUCUGGAAUCUAUUAUUACAAUGAGGCGCAGGCUAUGAGUGCAAGGGAAUCAAUGGAGCGGAAGCAGGCCGAGAUGAAGGAUAAGAAGAUUGUUACGGAGAUUCUUCCAGCAAAGAGGUUUUACACAGCAGAGGAAUACCAUCAGCAGUACCUAGAGAAAGGAGGAAGGAGAGGGAUGAAGCAGUCUGCUACCAAAGGUUGCAAUGAUCCCAUUAGAUGCUAUGGCUGACAUUGCUUUCUUCUGCUUUUUAUGUAUUGUAUGUUGAUUGUUUAAGAGUUCAUAUUUACACCUAUAACUUUGGAUUGAUACACAACAUUAGGUUUGCAGCUUGUUAUUCUCUACCCUUCUUAAUUUUCCUUGCAAAAGUACAUAGAAUAAAGGGGUGUAUGUAUUAAAAGCAUGGGAUGUUUAAAAUAGCAAAACACCUUGGUACCUUAGAAAAUAUGGGUCUUCGUGAGUCAAGAGUUACUCUUA